ACAGACUCCUCUGGUGAGUUAUUCCAUCUCCCACAGUCAUGGCGGUGUCGGGGAGUCACGGAGAUGGAGUAAACACCACCGCAUCUUGAUUCUUGGUUUUUUGUUUUUUUUUUUAAAGCUUCAUUUCGGAUUGUACCCGCUGUCAUCUGAAAUAUCCGAGCCAUCCCGCAGGCAGGGCUGCUGUGCUUCCGACCAUGGCCGACCGCGGUGUUGAUCUGUCGGCUCUGCCUAAAGAGGUCAGGGACCAGCUGGCGGAGUUGGAUCUGGAGCUCUCCGAAGGUGAUAUUACACAGAAGGGCUAUGAGAAGAAAAGGACCAAACUGCUGGCUCCUUACAUCAUCCAUACACCAGUGGAGCCACCUCCUCAGAAUGAUGUGCAGCCUCCCGCUCCCAGCUCCUCCUCCAGCCACGCCCCUCCUCCCUCGAGCUCAUCCCGUUACCGCGAACGUCGCAACCGCAGGACGCAUCGCAAUGGGGGAACCAGAGAUGACCGCUACAGAUCAGAUAUACACAGCGAGGCAGUGCAAGCCGCUCUGGCCAAACACAAAGAGGAGAAGAUGGCGCUGCCGAUGCCGACCAAACGACGCUCCACUUAUGUCCAGUCGCCCAUCAACACGCGCACACCGCCAGACUCCUCGUCAGGUUCUGAAGAUGAGACGUCUGUGCGUAGACAGUCAUCGUUGGUCGCUCCCAUUCCUCAGGUCAAUCCCAACCUGCAGAGCCCAGACUCAUGGAUCAACCGCUCGGUCCAGGGCUCCUCCACAUCUUCCUCAGCAUCGUCCACUUUGUCCCACGGGGAGGCCAAGCCACAGCCUCAGAGCCAGCCUCAGCCACAGUACAAACCGCAGUACCAGCCUCUGUACCAGCCUCACCACCAGCCUCAGCACCAGCCUCAGCCUCAGCCUCAGCACCAGCCCCAUGAGCAGCCCCAAACUGCAGCCAUCACCGACAUGAUGGCCCACAGUCGCAUUGCCCCGUCACAGAACAGCGCCCCCCCUCCAGAUGUGACUGCUGUGGCCCCUCCUCCCACCAGGGGCCCAAGGGUCGACCUGCCCUCCAACGCUGUGGUCCGGGGGAUGAGCCGUGGGCAGAGCCGCUCGAGCAUGAUGGAAACUGCAGACGGAAGAGGAGUUCCUGUGAACAGCAGGGUCUCCACUAAAAUCCAGCAGCUGCUUAACACCCUGAAGAGGCCGAAGAGGCCCCCACUCAGUGAAUUCUUCACCGACGAUUCAGAAGAGAUUGUAGAAGUGCCCCAGCCGGACCCCAACACACCGAAGCCAGAGGGCCGUCAGAUCAUGCCGGUGAAAGGAGAGCCUCUGGGUGUGGUCAGUAACUGGCCCCCAGCCCUGCAGGCCGCAUUAGCCCGUUGGGGGGCCACCCAAGGGAAGAGCCCCGCCCUCACUGCUCUGGACAUCACGGGCAAGCCGCUCUACACUCUGACUUAUGGGAAGCUGUGGAGUCGCAGUGUGAAGCUGGCGUAUACGCUGCUCAACAAACUGGGCACCAAGAAUGAGCAAAUCCUCAAACCUGGAGACAGGGUUGCACUGGUUUACCCCAACAGUGACCCAGGGAUGUUCUGGGUGGCGUUUUACGGCUGCCUCCUCGCUGAAGUCAUACCAGUUCCUAUUGAAGUUCCACUGUCUCGCAAAGAUGCAGGUAUCAGCCAGGUGGGCUUUCUUCUCGGUAGCUGUGGGGUGGGUCUCGCUCUGACUAGUGAGAUCUGUCUGAAGGGACUCCCCAAGACCCCCACUGGAGAAAUUCUGCAGUUUAAAGGCUGGCCUCGACUAAAAUGGGUAGUGACAGACUCCAAGUACUUGACGAAGCCCUCCAAAGACUGGCAGCCACACGUCCCCACGGCCAACACUGACCCUGCAUAUAUAGAGUACAAGGCAAGUAAAGAGGGGACAGUUGUGGGUGUGGCUGUGUCUAAAGUAGCCAUGUUGACCCACUGCCAAGCUCUGACUCAGGCCUGCAAUUACUGUGAAGGAGAAACACUGGUGAAUGUCCUGGACUUUAAGAAGGACAUGGGUCUGUGGCAUGGUGUUCUUACGGCUGUGAUGAACAGGAUACACACUAUCAGCGUUCCCUAUGCUGUCAUGAAGGCUUGUCCUCUCUCCUGGGUACAGAGGGUCCACAUCCACAAAGCUCGUGUAGCUUUGGUGAAGUGCCGUGAUCUGCACUGGGCCAUGAUGGCUCAUCGAGACCAGAGAGACACCAGUCUGGGAUCAUUACGAAUGCUCAUUGUAGCAGACGGUGCAAACCCCUGGUCGGUUUCUUCCUGUGAUGCCUUCCUGAAUGUGUUCCAGUCCCAUGGGCUGAAGCCGGAGGUUAUCUGUCCAUGUGCCACCUCCCCCGAGGCCAUGACGGUCGCUAUACGCAGACCGGGAGUACCAGGCGCACCGCUCCCUGCCCGUGCCAUUCUUUCCAUGGGCGGCCUGAGUCAUGGAGUCAUCAGGGUCAACACUGAGGACAAGAACUCCGCUCUGACUGUACAAGAUGUCGGCCAUGUCAUGCCUGGAGCUCUUAUGUGCAUUGUUAGGCCAGACGGGCCUCCUCAGCUGUGUAAAACAGAUGAGAUCGGAGAGAUAAUCAUCAACUCCCGCGCUGGAGGCACCAUGUACUACGGCUUGCCUGGACUCACUAAAAACACCUUUGAGGUGAUACCGGUCAAUGCUAAUGGAGUUCCCAUUGGAGAGAUUCCAUUUGUGCGGUCAGGACUCCUGGGAUUUGUUGGCCCAGGCAGUCUGAUCUUUGUGGUGGGAAAGAUUGAAGGCCUGCUGAUGGUGAGUGGACGGAGACACAAUGCCGAUGACCUGGUGGCCACCGCACUCGCUGUGGAGCCUGUGAAGACCGUGUACCGUGGGAGGAUUGCAGUGUUUUCAGUAACAGUCUUCUAUGAUGAGAGGGUGGUGAUUGUGGCGGAGCAGAGACCAGAUGCCAGUGAGGAGGACAGCUUUCAAUGGAUGAGCAGAGUGCUUCAGGCGAUCGACAGCAUCCACCAGGUGGGCCUCUACUGUCUGGCUCUGGUCCCAGCCAACACCUUACCUAAAACGCCCCUGGGUGGGAUCCACAUCUCAGACACCAAGCAGUUCUUCUUAGAUGGAAACCUGCAUCCGUGCAACAUCCUCAUGUGUCCCCACACGUGUGUCACCAACCUCCCCAAACCCCGCCAGAAGCAGCCAGUUGGUGUAGGCCCUGCGUCUGUUAUGGUUGGAAACUUAGUAGCAGGGAAGCGGAUUGCCCAAGCUGCAGGAAGGGACCUCGGCAUGAUUGAAGACCAGGAUCUUGUCCGGAAGCUCUGUAUGUGGCCCACUGUGAUGCAUCAGUAUUUGACAGAGGCUCUGCACUGGAGAGCGCAGACAGAUCCAGACCAUGUCCUCUAUGUGCUUCUCAAUGCUAAGGGUGUCACAGUGGGUACGGCCACCUGCGUCCAGCUUCACAAGCGAGCAGAGAAGAUUGCUGCAGCUCUGACUGAGAAAGGCAGCAUUAAUACUGGAGAGAACGUGGUGCUGCUCUAUCCUCCAGGAAUCGACUUGAUUGCCUCUUUCUAUGGCUGUCUCUAUGCUGGAUGUGUUCCUGUAAACGUCAGACCUCCACACCCUCAGAACCUGGCAGCCACUCUGCCUACUGUCCGCAUGAUUAUUGAUGUCAGUAAAGCAGCGUGUAUCCUCACUACUCAAAAUCUCAUGCGAACCCUGCGUUCCAAAGAGGCUGCUGCCUCUGUAAAUAUUAAAACAUGGCCAACAAUCAUUGAUACAGAUGACCUUCCUCGCCGUCGGCCUCCACAGAUCUAUAAGCCUCCCACUGCAGAGAUGAUAGCUUAUCUGGACUUCAGUGUCUCCACUACAGGCAUGCUCACUGGGGUCAAGAUCUCACAUGCAGCAGUCAGUGCACUUUGCCGUUCCAUAAAGCUACAGUGUGAACUGUACUCCUCUCGCCAAAUAGCCAUCUGCCUGGAUCCUUACUGCGGUCUGGGAUUUGUCUUGUGGUGCCUCGCUAGUGUUUACUCAGGUCACCAGUCCAUUUUGAUUCCUCCCUUUGAGUUGGAGACUUGUCCUUCUCUGUGGCUGAGCACACUAAGCCAGUAUCGUAUAAGAGACACUUUUUGCUCUUAUUCUGUUAUGGAGCUCUGUAUAAAAGGCCUGGGAACACAGACUGAGUUACUCAAGGCCCGAGGUGUGAACCUGUCAUGUGUGAGGAGCUGUGUGGUGAUAGCAGAGGAACGGCCUCGUCUGGCCCUCACACACUCCUUCUCCAAGCUGUUUAAGGAUGUCGGGCUUUCAUCCAGGGCCGUCAGCACUGCUUUUGGCUCCAGAGUUAACCUGGCCAUCUGUCUGCAGGGCACUACUGGUCCUGAUCCCUGCACUGUGUAUGUGGACAUGAAAUCCCUCCGCCAUGACAGAGUCAGGCUGGUGGAGAGAGGUGCACCUCAGAGUCUUCCUUUAAUGGAGUCUGGCAAAAUCCUGCCAGGUGUUAGAGUGAUCAUAGUAAAUCCAGAGACCAGAGGUCCACUGGGUGAUUCUCAUCUCGGAGAGAUCUGGGUGAACAGCCCCCAUAAUGCCAGUGGCUACUACACUAUCUAUGGAGAAGAGAGUCUUCAGGCUGACCACUUCAACACUAAGCUCAGCUUUGGAGACCCACACACCUUAUGGGCCAGGACAGGAUACUUGGGAUUUGUAAAGAGGACUGAGCUUUUGGAUGCCAGCGGGGAUCGACACGAUGCUCUCUUUGUGGUGGGCUCACUGGAUGAGACCUUAGAGCUAAGAGGACUGCGUUAUCACCCUAAUGACAUUGAGACCUCAGUAUCCCGGGCUCACCGCAGUAUUGCUGAGAGUGCUGUGUUUACAUGGACCAACCUGCUGGUGGUGGUUUCAGAGCUGUGUGGUUCAGAGCAGGAUGCGCUGGACCUGGUGCCUCUGAUAACCAACGUGGUCUUGGAGGAGCACCACCUCAUUGUGGGUGUGGUGGUUAUUGUUGACCCUGGGGUCAUACCCAUCAACUCUAGAGGAGAGAAGCAACGCAUGCACCUCCGAGACUCGUUCCUCGCCGACCAGCUUGAUCCCAUUUAUGUUGCUUACAACAUGUGA